CAGGAAUCAGAUCACUUGACAAUGCUAUCCAUUGUCUUACACAUUGCAAACGAUACUACGAGCAAAAUCAUAAUCACACACGGUUUCUACCUUCGUUAUGUGAGUGAAGAUGAGAAAUGGCGCUUAUUAAUGAAUGUAUACAGCUGUUCGAUGCUUAAGGAUGAAUAUAUAACAGAAAUGAAAAAUGAAGCGAUUCGCGAUCUUCAAAAGGUUCUUCCACCGCAUGAUUUCUACAAUCCACAUUUUCGAUUGCUCCAUGAAUAUGCGAAAUUGCCAAAUAGAGCGGAGAUUGUACUAAAGUGUCCAUAUCUAAGGGUUGGUUCAGUGCACUUGUUAGUGCAACACAAUGUCUAUAAAAAGCGUAUUGGUCCGAAAAUGGAGCUGUACUUAUUGGGCGAUGAAUUGGUUAACUACGAAAUACAAAAGGCGGCUCUUUCAAACAUUUUCUGCUUUAUGAUCGAGCUUCAUUGA